AACCGGGAUUGUAAAUUGAACUAGGUUAGUCAAUAGUUGGUUAUUUCUGAAAAUGUUUGGUCGUUUAGUAACUCGUUACGUUAAUCUGACCGACACAAUUGUAGUGCCAGCAGAAUGGCAUCCUCACGUGUUUCACGAAUUCUUGGCCUCACUGGCUGAACAAGUGAUUAAUGAUGUCAACGCCGGCAAACCGGUCGUUUUGCAAGUAUUGAACACGCCUGCAAAAUUGAAACAACUCCAAAACAAAAACGGAAUCCUAUAUCUCUUCGAGAAAGUAUUUCCAGAAAAGCUGGUGGGUUCGUACGUUAUUGAUGUCAUUUUUUAUAUGAAUGACAAGAAUAUAGAAGCGAUGAAUGACGUUCUCGGGUCAGAACCUUGCAAUCCGAACGCACUUAAACACCGGGUUUCAUUAGAUGAUUACGAUGUUCAAGUUUACCGGAGCGAAUUUAGAACAGCCUAUUACCUGUUACCAAUUGCGAAAAGGUGAGUCGUAGAGAAUCGAUCCACCAAUUACAGCAGUUGUUCUUCAAGAGAAAACUAUACCUAGUAUUUUCUUUUCAGUAAACCGACACCAAGACCUGUUCAAGCUUAGCAGCAUGGUUCAUACGAACGGAACACAUUCAGCAAAAAGUAUGCUUUCCAAUUUGGUUUUUGUUUGACGAGCGAAACUGCUUUCUAAAACAGGCUUUAAUUUCUCUUACGAAGACAAUUUAUUACACAAGUCAUAGACCAGCUCAAUUGUUAGUAAUUUGUCACCAUUAAUUUAAAUUGACCGUUAUGUGUACUAUGAUUCGCAAUAAUUGUGAUUUAAAGCCAGUCGUUAAUAAUACCCUUCCUUAAAAUAAACUUUGAUGAGUCAUUGAGUUCCUUUAUUUUAUCCACCUUAUCCGCACAUGAAAAAUAAA